GAUAAAGAGUGAACUUCAGAGGAAUUUGAGCAACUGUCAAAAGUGCGGGAACAUUUCGCGGAAUCGGCGAACAACAGUAUUUUAGCGGGUAAAAUUUGGCGCCGGGAACAAUCUCACAAAUUUAAAAGGAAAAUGAGCGAUCAUAGAGAAAGACGAAAAUUAUGUAGUUCAAAAAGAGUGCCUGUUUUCUUAGCUUUAUUCCUCCUGAUCGCCACAACCACCAUCUUCUUCGUAUUCCCAUGUCGAUACCUCGUCACGACGGUUUCGCCUUUGAUAGCUGUGUACGAAGCAAUUUUAACCUUGGUUAUCAUCAGUAACUUUUUCCAAGCUACGAUUCAAGAUCCUGGCAAGAUUCCCAGAGUUGCCUUGAAAGCCAUUCCGGAGGAUGAUUUCAAAUCACCGUUGUUCAAAAGUGUUGAGAUCAAUGGGAUCCAGAUUAAAAUGAAAUGGUGUGAAACUUGCAAGUUUUAUCGACCACCGAGAUGUUCACAUUGUAGCCUUUGCAAUAGAUGCAUUGAGGUGUUUGAUCACCAUUGCCCCUGGGUGGACAACUGUGUUGGCAAGAGGAACUAUCGAUAUUUCUUCCUGUUCUUAUCAUCCCUCACCAUACAGCUCAUCUCUGUGUUCACCUUUUGCUUGGUGGCAACCCUUAAAUUAGAUGGUGAUUUUAAGGAUAAUAAUGUUAUUGCAUCUCUUAUAAUAAUGGUUAUAUGUGGUCUAGUGGCCUUUCCAGUCUUUGGCCUUACUUUCUUUCAUAUUGGGUUAAUUUCCUGUGGCAGAACAACAAAUGAACAGGUCACUGGAAAAGUUCGAAAAGGUGUCAAUCCAUUCAAUAGAGGUUGCUUUGCAAAUUGGGAAAAUGUAUUUUGCUCUCCUAUACAACCUCGACACUUGCAUUGUGAAAAACUGGAUGAAGGAAGAUCAGUUGUAAACGGAGAAGCUUCACCUCACGACGUGAGGUUUGAAAUGGAAACGAUGCCGAAUCAUCAGAUGUCCUUUACAAACACGCGAAAUUCCAAUGGGACGAACUCUACUAAGACGGACGGAAUUUCACCCCAACCGUUGCAAAGAACGAACCUUGAAAUUCCGGAAAAUCAACCGGAGCCCAGUUCGCUGCGUUCCCCACGAAGUCCCAACGCCCGAGGCCCCACACCCGUGUUCUACACCCCUGAUAAACAGCCCGGGCAAAUGAAGGUUUAUCGCGAGGCGGAGGUAUGACGUAAUACAGUUGACGGCAGCCUGCGGGACCGGGGGGGGGGUGAUUUGCGGAGAAAGGAUGAACAAUACGGGGGGCUGUGCCUCUCCGAAGUACUCCAAAAAUAACAUUUAUAUCAUUGACCAGAAAACUAGAAUGGGUAGCCAAAUAAUGUAACUGUUGUUAGUUUUUUUGUUGCAUUUAGUGAA